AUGGUUCUUCAAGAAGGUAAACAACAACAAGAAGCUGCGAAUCGCGCUGAAGCUGAAAAGAACGAAGUAAAACCGGCACCCCUCGUUAUUGAACGGUUGUCAUCGGAGGCGAGGAAAAGCAGGGAUGAAGAAACUGAAGAAGAAUCAUCCGAAGAAGAAAGCUCAGAAGACGAGAGUGAAAGUGAAGAAGAAUCGUCAAGUGAAGAUGAGUCACCGAAGGCAAAACUCACAAAGGAAGAAGUUAUGGAAGCCGUGCGACAACGACUAAUCAAACGUCGUGAACUUGCGGAAUCCAAACGUUCUAAGGACAAUUUACGCGCUCCGGUCAUCUGUGUUCUUGGACAUGUCGAUACUGGAAAAACCAAAAUGCUGGAUACUAUUCGACGAACAAAUGUACAAGACGGUGAGGCGGGAGGAAUUACGCAACAAAUUGGUGCCACCCAGGUCCCGGCUGAUGCGAUCAAAGAACGGUGUAAGCAAGUAAGGGACUUCAAUCCUGAUGCGGUCAAAAUUCCAGGCUUUCUCAUCAUUGACACACCGGGUCACGAAAGUUUUGCUAACCUCCGAUCACGUGGAUCAUCGCUUUGUGACUUCGCUAUACUGGUUGUGGACAUAAUGCAUGGACUGGAACCCCAGACAAUCGAGUCACUGAAGUUAUUGGUGAAAAGGAAAACACCGUUUGUCGUCGCCUUAAAUAAAAUUGAUCGAUUGUAUGGGUACGAAUCAAAUCCACGCAAAGAUGUUUACCAGCAUUUGAAAUCGCAACCACAAAACACGCAACUAGAAUUCAAAGAACGCUACGAUAAAAUUGUUGGAGAGUUCGCUGAGCAGGCUCUCAACGUUUGUUUGUCCUACCAAAAUAGGAACCUUGAUGAGUACAUCAGUAUGAUUCCCACUUCUGCUUACAUGGGAGACGGAAUAGGAAAUCUCAUGGCUUACAUUGUUGGAACAACGCAAAAGUAUCAUGCCGAUAAACUGGCGUUCAGCGAGGAGUUGGAUGCUACCGUAAUGGAGGUGAAAGCGAUCCCAGGGCUUGGAACAACAAUCGAUGUGAUUCUCGUGAAUGGGCGCCUGAGAGUAGGCGACAUUAUUGUUGUCACUGGUACUGAAGGCGCAAUAAUGACUCCGAUUCGAGAGCUUCUGAUGCCGCAACCACUGAGGGAGCUUCGGGUUAAGAACGAGUACGGGCAUUAUAAAGAGGUACAAGGUGCACAAGGAGUGAAAGUUUUAGCCAAAGGUCUAGAGAAGUGCUUGGCGGGCCUUCCGUUGUUUGUCGCUCAUAAGGAGGAUGAAAUUGACUUACUCAAAAACGAAGCGGAACAGCAACUGAGCCGAGCACUCAUGGCCAUAAAGAAAAAGCCUGAAGGAGUAUACGUGCAAGCAAGUACCCUUGGGUCUUUGGAGGCUUUGUUGGAAUUCUUGAAAACACAAAAAAUACCGUACUCAAACGUCAAUAUCGGUCCCGUUCACAAAAAAGACGUCCAAAAAGCUGCAGCUAUGCUUGAGCACAAAGCUGAGUAUGCUUGUAUUCUUGCUUUUGACGUGAAAGUGGAACGAGAGGCGCAAAUGUUUGCCGAUCACGAGAAAGUGAAGAUUUUCCAAGCUGAUAUCAUUUAUCACUUGGAAGAUAACUUCCUCAAAUACAGGGAAGAGCUACGACUGAAGGCGCGCAAAGAAAAUGAGCAUUUGGCUAUUUUUCCUUGUAAAUUACGUAUUCUCCCACAGCACGUGUUCAAUGCCCGAAAUCCGAUUGUAUGUGGAGUAAACGUUGAGGCGGGACAACUCAAGAGAGGAACACCGAUUUGUGUGCCAAGCAAAGAAUGUAUUUUCCUGGGUGCUGUUGCGUCGAUAGAAAGGAACCAUGAGGAAGUACAAAUAGCUAAGGCAGGAGAUGAGGUGUGCAUCAAAAUUGAAAAUACGACCGGUGAAGCACCAAAACUGUACGGACGGCAUUUCAACCACGAAGACAUACUUGUCAGUAGGAUCACUCGUGAAUCGAUCGAUGUUUGUAAGACGUACUUCCGAGAUGAUCUCAAUCGCAAUGAUUGGCAGCUGGUCGUAGAACUCAAAAAGCUUCUAGAUAUAAUGUGA